UAGUUUGUCGUUUAGUACACUAUAUAGCCUACAAUAUCAACCCGCUGGUGUGACUCUGGGCUCUAAAGUGAUGAUGAUGAUAAAUCGUGUGGGUUUAAACCUUUAUCUUCCCGCUGGAUGUCUGAGCUCUAGUGAUCGUCGCGUCGUUCGUGUUUGAAUGUUCCGGGUGUAUCUGAGAGCGCCAGUGGGCAGAAUCGGUGAGUCAGUGAGCGGCUGACGGACUCUGAAGCGCCGCUGCCCGUAACCGGAGAACGGGCGCGAUCUCUGUGAGAUGGACGUGAGGACACGAUCUCAACACGGCGAGAAAAACACGAAAACACGAGAAAACGUUUCGGACGCAACACAGAACCGGCCACAUUUUCCUCUGUCGCAUUUUUUCCUCCGCAUCCGCGACUGGCUUUCGUAGCAUCGGCGAUUUUUUACAGAUAUUCCGGGGAUAUUCGUCUUUAAAGACUAAGCGGUGUGUGAUUAGUACACACGGGGGAUCGAAAGACUGCGUUGACAUUAUUCCACGUUUACUUAUAACGAAGAAAAAGAAGAAAAUAUGAGCGAGCAGAGCAUCUGUCAGGCCCGCGCGUCCGUCAUGGUCUACGACGACACCAGCAAAAAAUGGGUGCCGAUCAAACCGGGUCAGCAGGGCUUCAGUCGAAUCAACAUCUACCACAACACAACCAACAACACCUUCCGUGUGGUGGGCGUCAAACUGCAGGACCAGCAGGUGGUCAUCAACUAUUCCAUAGUGAAGGGCCUGAAGUACAACCAGGCCACGCCCACCUUCCACCAGUGGCGUGACGCGCGGCAGGUGUACGGACUCAACUUCGCCAGUAAGGAGGAGGCCACCACCUUCUCCAACGCCAUGCUGUUCGCCCUCAACGUGCUCGGCAGCCAAGAUGGAGGUCCAGCUGUUCAGCGGCAGCUCCAGAACGGACCGAGCACAGAAGAACUGGAGGUGCAGAGACGGCAGAUGGAGAUGCAGCAGCAGCAAAUGCAGGCGCACAUUGAGCGGGAGAGACGAUCGUCCAACUCAGGUUCUCCGUUUCAGGGUCACCCCGCGGUGCUGUCCGUAGCUCCUCCCACUGUCGCACCUCCUCCUCUGUUGAUGGGCGGUCCGUGUCCUCCUCCUCCUCCCCCGCCCGGACCUCCGCCCCCCUCCGCCGGAGCUCCGCCUCCUCCCCCGCCCCCUUUACCUGUGGGUGGAUACGGGGGCCCCGGGGCCUCGCAGGACGACAGUCAGGGCCCCACCGGCCUCGCCGCCAUGAUCGCCGGAGCCAAACUGCGGCGCGUGCAAAGGCCCGAGGAAAACUCUGCUUCCGGUGCCAAAAACGAAGCCAACCGGACGAGUGGAGGAAGCGGAGGACUGAUGGAGGAAAUGAACGCGCUGCUCGCACGGAGGAGGAAAGCAGCAGAUGAGAAGAGAGAUGGAGAAAGCCAAAACGAUGAUCCGAACUCCCGUGGGCAGAACGCCGCAGACGGUGUGAAGAAGCCGUGGGACCGAGCGAAUUCAGCAGAGAGAUCAUCGCUGGUGUCCAGGGUUCGACCCGUGGGAAGCAUCGGCGACGCAGACGCCUUAGACUUUGACAGAAUGAAACAGGAAAUCUUGGAAGAAGUCGUUCGUGAAUUGCACAAGGUGAAGGACGAGAUCAUCGAUGCCAUUAGACAUGAACUCAGCAGAAUCAGCACGACAUAAUGUCCAUGUUUCCGAGAGCCAAACCCGGGCAGAAGCUGCUGUAGCUGACGAGGGACGCCGCCGGACGUUACAGCCGUAUUAAAGCCCGCAGACUCCGGCUCUAACACGUCUGGAACGCCGCAGAAUCCCUGAGCUUUGAACGGAGGACUCUUGCACUGACCUACUGUUUUCUGGUAUAAGUGGAUCUUUGGUGGCAGUCUUUUCAAAGUCUUUUGCAGAAACUGAAGAAAAUAGAAGAAACAUCACAAAUGUGUUUUUAUGAGGUGUUGUUCUUUUCAUUUUGUCUGCAUUAUUAUUGUUAUUAUUAUUAUUUUUAUUAUUAUAGUUGUAGUAGUAGUAGUAGUGUUUUCAUGUAGGUAGACGUAGGAACGAAUAAUAAUAAUAAAAAUGAUAAUAAUAAUAAUUGCACAUCACUUUUAUAUUUUUAUUGCUGUUAAUCUUCCUUUCAUCACAAGCACAUUUCUCGUUACCUCUCAGAACAUUUUUUAAGAGUUUUUUUUUUAUCCUUUUUGCCAUAAAAACAUGUAUUUAAUCACUGAAUGAGCGGUUUUGUGAAGGAUCUCAACGGUUGUUCUUCAGUUAUUUCCGUCUAAUGAACAAACACCGGAGUAUUUGUGAUCAUGUUGUUAAUAAAAUGUUUAUUGGCUGCAAGGACAUGGUGAAGUAUUGUUCUGUUUUAUGAUUUCUCUUUUUGACCAAGUGCUUCCUGGUUUGAGAAAAAAAUGAGUAAAUAAAUAAAAGAUAUACAUGACAUUUAAAAAGAAGUGAAAUAAAACUGUGAAGGAUGUCUUGGA